UCAGUCGAUAUGAUCGCCUGCACUCUGCCGUACAGACUUCAAUAAUUAAGCAUAUAUAUUUAAGCGUUUUAUCGGCGGAGAUUUGGAUCGUAAAUGGAUAUUGUCGAUAUAGAUUAAUCUGUCAAAAUAUUGGAAUUAAUUAUUCGGACGUUCGAUUUAUUGUGCUGUGAUUUACUGUGGUCGUUGGUGUAUGAUGAAAAUGAUGGGCGACGGUGAAGCGGGUUACGCGGACUACUACAACUAUGACAAUAGCUGGUCCAUCAUUCCCCCGGAUUACGGCGCUGAACCCAGUUGCCAGUACAGGCAGCCCCAGGUCGAGGAGGAUUACCGCUAUGGGACUUACGCGUUGCUAGACAGUAUGAAGAUGCCAGGGCAGCGACCGGGCUUCCAAAUAUCUGACAUCCUUGGUCUGAACGAAGCCAAGGGUUUGGAUGCACCACCGCAGGGUGGUUUAAACCCGCUGGACUUACUUACUUAUGCGCCACCACAGCAUAACUACACGCAUGAGUUGUUGAGGCACCAUCAACCUUGGCUGUCCUUGGAUCAACAUGACAGUACUGGUGUGCUCGGUCAACAAGUAAGUCCGGAUAGCACGUCGCGAGCUUCUGAUUUAUCAUACGCGGUGGGGCCCUCUGCCGCGUCACCCAGUGUGGGUGACACCCGUCACGACCAAGACCACGAUCUCGACCACGACGUACAUGACCACAGCCUCGAUCACGACGACGACCUCGACCACGAUCAACCACCCAACACCGCCUCAGACAACAUCCUCUCACACAAAAAGCGCAAGCGUCGCGUCCUAUUCUCUAAAGCGCAAACCUACGAACUAGAAAGGCGGUUCAGACAACAGAGGUACUUAUCCGCUCCUGAAAGAGAACAUCUGGCGAGUUUAAUACGUUUGACGCCGACCCAAGUUAAGAUAUGGUUCCAAAACCACAGGUACAAAACGAAACGCGCCGUUCAGGAAAAAGGCGCCCCUGAGUUUAACAUGGGUGGUAUAAAAUCGCCGAGGCGCGUUGUAGUUCCUGUAUUGGUGAAAGAUGGUAGGCCGUGUAUUGGUAAACCAGACGGAUUACCACCUCUCGGAAUGGCUUUGCCACCAUACCAACCAAUGCACCAUCAACCUCCCGUUUCGGGACACGGACAGCCAAAUGGAUGUUGGUGGUGAAAAAUAGAUUAGAUAGAGUUAUGUGGUUACCUAGUCGAUGUAGCAGAAGUUAUGCAAUAUAGAAAAACAUUUUUUUUCUAAUGCCCGUAUUCUGUUACCGUGUUAAACUCAAUGCUCUUAUUCUAUGUGACUAAAAUCAUAAACGUGGCAAACGAGACAAAUGUUUGAGAUCCCGCCAUCCAUUUUCCGAUGUGAUUUUAAUGU